GGUAUCUUGAGGAGAAUGUGUUAAAUAAUACAACAGGGGGAAACCAGACGCGGUGGACUACAAACGCUACAGUCUUAAAUCAGCCCAUAUAAGUAAAAAAAUGUAACAAAAAAAUGAUUUCUAUAUAUUAUGUGUGGGAAAAGAUGCUAGUGUUAGCUAAAAAGAAUUGUAAAUGAUUUAAAAAGAACGUUUCAAGUUGUUUUUUUACUGUAAACAAUAAGUGUGUUGAUGUUUUCCACUCAAUUAACAUAAUAAACAGGUAAUUACUUUCAUUUUUUUUAAAUAAAUUAAUAACUUUCAAAUUUCUUGUUGAAAAACCUUAUUUAAAACUAAUUACAAUAAAAUAUUUAGCCUUAAGAACUGAGAAGUAAAAAAAAAAGAGCGGGUAACUAAAUAUUCAAAAACACUACGUAAUCCCAGGAUACAUUGCUGCGCUCCCUGCAUUACCUAAGCCCAGAAGGCACCGCGGUGGGGGCGGUGAGACGGCCGGUCGCCGUAGCAACGUACAUGUCAUUAUCAAAGCCCCACCCAUCCACCUCGCCUGCAGCCAAUCAGCGGCCGUAGAAGUGACAUCAUUGUUAUUUUCAGUCGGGCUGCAGCUUAGAGGUGGAUAAAGUUCGUCUCCACGUUGGAAGUGAUUGAAAGUAUUACUCGUUUUCAGGCAUUGUUUUUAUUUUUCUUUGACGGAGGAUAUAUCAAAGACUGUAGUUGAGGCGUAAAAGGUGGGAAAAGUACUUUUGUUGUUUUAUUUUUUAUAUAAAUCGAUGACGGCUUCCAAGAAGAAAAGUUUUCCCGGGACGCUAAGUUGUCAAGUGAGUUGAACUUCGACAAUAGGCUGAAAACAAGAGACGUACUAUAGAAAAGCUUCUUUUUUAUAAAAACUUUCGACAUUUUUUUUUAUUGGAUACAAUAUUUUUUUUAGUCGAAGCUAACUUUAUGUCUAGAAAAAUGGAAGCGACUUUUUACGACGAAGCCUCGAACUCUCAGAGUGACGGGACGUCCGCCUAUGGGUUCAACCCGAAAACCCUCAAGCAAACCAUGACUUUGAAUCUAAACGACCCGAAGAACUUUAAGCCUCAGCUCAGCUCCAAGGCUCUGGACAUCCUGACGUCCCCCGACGUGGGGCUGUUGAAGCUCGCGUCUCCGGAGCUGGAGCGGCUAAUCAUCCAAUCCUGCAACGGCCUGACGACUCCCACCCCGACCCAGUUCGUGUGCUCCAAGAACAUCACCGACGAGCAGGAGGGCUUCGCCGAAGGCUUCGUUCGGGCUCUAGCGGAGCUCCACUACCAGCAGAUCCCCGCGGGGCACCCCGAUGGACAGACAGCCGGCGGGUGCGAGGAGGGCGCCGGGAUUCCCUACAGCCGCGCGGCGCGCGCCGAGCCGCCGGAGUACACCAACCUAGCCACCUUCAGCCGGCAGGAAGCGGCACCUGUCAGCGACCGGGCGGGCUACCCCGCCGCCCCGCUGGCGGCGCAGCACCCGCGGCUCCAGGCGCUCAAGGAGGAGCCCCAAACGGUCCCCGAGAUGACCGGCGAGACGCCGCCGCUCUCCCCCAUCGACAUGGAGACCCAGGAGCGGAUCAAAGCGGAGAGGAAGCGCAUGCGGAACCGGGUGGCCGCGUCCAAGUGCCGGAAGAGGAAGCUGGAGAGGAUCUCCCGGCUGGAGGACCGGGUCAAGAACCUGAAGAGCCAAAACACGGAGCUGGUCUCCUCCGCCAACCUGCUCCGGGACGAGCUGGCUUUGCUAAAGCAGAAGGUCAUGGACCACGUGAACAGCGGCUGCCAGCUCAUCCUCACACAGCAGCUCCAAGGCUACUAAGACAGAUGAGUUCUAAGUGACUUUGCUUGGGGACCAAACGCAACUUUUGAAGUGGUCCUUGGAGCUUUUCAGGGAAGUUUCUUCUUCACCACCAAAUCCCCCCUCAGUGUUGAGAAAAACUUUGCACCUUUAGUCUGUCUUCAUCCACAAAGUUACAUCCCAGCACGGCAACUCCCCCACCUACAACCCCUCCAAGGAAGCCUGCAUUUGGGCCGGUGUGGGCUGCAAACACAAUGCAAGUCAGGCCUGAAGACUGCAUCAUUAUUGUCUGUAGCAACACUUGCAUGAGGCGUUCAGGCACCAGCGUUUGUACAGAGAAACACUAACAACCUUUUCCACACCUUUUGGGACUUUACAGGUGUGCGUUAUAUUGACAAAAAAACUGCCUUACUCCAUGACACUUCUGUGAAAAUGGCUGUAAAAAUAAAACUUUGUAACAUUUGUAGCCUGCGCAGCAUUUUGAGCACUUAACUGUAAAUAUGUCAUAAUAAAAAUAAGAAUUAAAAAACAAAAAA